AUGACAUCCGUCUAUGUGGCCUUUGCGAUUACAGUCUCCGUGCUGAGUGCUGGAAUCAGGGCAGUGAGAACGCCUGACCACGCCACAUCUCAGCCGGGACUUCUUCAUGAGCUUGCGCGACAAUACCCAGCCAUCUGCCAGCUCAUCAGCGAUUUCUAUGCAGUCAUUACCCAGAAGGAACUCGUCCUCGGCAUACGAGAGCACUUGCCGUCAAUCUGUCAUGUGCGCCUCCCAAAGAUCCCAUUCUUUGUGGAGCAUGGAGAACCCCAGAAACCUGCGGCCCUCAUUGCCCGGCAACUGGAAACCAUCAAGUAUUUACAUCCUCCUGCUGGCGCUCCACACGAUACCGUGCCCUUAAAAGGCGUGAUCAUCCUUGCCACAGGGUCACCUUACGACAUGUCCACACCAUACAAGACUAUGAGGAAUCACGCUUUGGCCCCACUGCAGCACUAA